AUGGGUUUGGUGAGAUCCCAUGUGGAAGGCCUUUUUCAUAACCUGGGUGUUCUUGGAGCCUUGAAAGGCCCCCAGCCAUUCCCUCUUCUGACUCCGGCCUCCAGGCCUUCCCAGGAUGGAAGCCCAGGCAGACAGAAAAGUCUGGGCAAACACAAAAAGAAAUUCAGCCCUCUGGGCAAGAGCCCUCUGAACCAGGGAGAUGCUUCGGCCCCCAGUCUGCCCAAACAGGCAGCCAGCACAUCUGGACCUACGCUCCCUGCUUCCCAAGCACUGAAUCCGCAAGCACAAAGGCAGGUGGGGCUGCUGACCAGCAACCCCGCCACGUCAUAGACGAGCUCUGGAAUCUGCAUAAACGGUAACUUUAAGCAAACCCACCGUGGCCUCCUCGAAAGUAAUUCCGGACAGUGUUUGAAGAACCAGGCCACGCAAGGGCCGGCACAAGUCAUGAAUGGAUCGCAUGGGGCUGCUGGCCGAGGGCAGGGGGCUAGCAUGCCAUAUCCAGCCCCAGCCAUGCAGGGGGGCAGGGGCAGGGUCCUGGAUGAAACGCUGACGCAGGUGUCGCCGCAGAUAGCUGAUCAUGGACUGAACACGGCACAAGCAGGAGGUAUGACUAAGAUGGGGAUGACAGGGAACACAAGUCCCUUUGGACAGCCCUUCAGCCAGACUGGAGGACAGCAGAUAGAGGCCCCCAGAGUGAACCCUCAGCUACCCAGCAAACAGAAUAUGGUCAAUAGUUUGCCUCCCUUCCCUACAGACAUAAAGAAUGCUUCAGUCACCAACGUGUCAAGCAUGUCCCCGAUGCAGAGCACAAUGGGGAUUUUACCCAUACAAGUAAUUGCUGCGGGCCCCACUGCAGACCCUGAAAAACGCAAACUGAUCCUGGGGUCUCCUGCAUGUGGGAUUCCAAGCACAAUUGGGUCUGUGAGUACAGGCCAGCAGAAUGCUACAUCAUUAAGCAAUCCGAAUCCCAUAGAUGUCAGCUCCAUGCUGUGGGCCUAUGCUGUCCUCGGACUGCCCUUCCCAAACCAGCCCCAGGCACAGCUACAGCCUCGGGUUCCUGGCCAGCAACCAGCACAGCCUCCAGCUCACCAGCAGAUGAGGACUCUCAACCCUAUGGGAAACAAUACAAUGAACAUUCCAACAGGAGGAAUGAUAACAGAUCAGCAACCACCAAAUCUGCUUUCUCAAUCAGCUCUUCUUACAUCGCUUGGAGCUGCAAAUCCCCUGAUUCCAGUGCCAUCCUCAGUGGCCAGUGCUGAUACCAGCUCGCAGCAGUUAGGAUCUGAAGUUUCAAUGCAGGAGAUGAAAUCCAAGAUCAAGACAUAUGACACUGAGCCUGACGUCAGUGAGCCCCAGGGGAAAUCUGGGUCGGAGAUGACAGACGAGGAUAUUCAAAGAUCUUCCCACGUUAAAGAAACAGGCACAAUAAAGCAGGAAUCAGAGCCAAUGGAAGUGGAUGAGAAAAAGCCGGAGGUGAAAACAGAAGCCAAGGAGGAGGAAGAGAGUGGCCCCAAUGGCGCAGCCUCUCAGUCCACUUCUCCCGCACAGCCCCGAAAGAAAAUCUUCAAGCCAGAGGAGCUGCGCCAAGCCCUAAUGCCAAGCCUCGAAGCACUAUAUGGACAAGACUCAGAGUUCUUACCCUUUCGGAAACCCAUGGAUCCAGAGCUCCUAGGAAUCCCGCACUAUUUGGGCAUUGAUAAGAACCCCAUGGACCUCUCCACCAUUAAGCGGAAGUUGGAAACAGGACAGUACCAAGAGCCCUGGCAGUAUGUGGAUGACUUCUGGCUUCUGUUCAACAACACAUGGCGCCACAAACGUAAAAAUUCACGGGUCUAUAAGUUCUGUAGUAGACUGGCAGAUCUGUUUGAGCAAGAAAUUGACCCUGUGAUGCAGUCCCUGGGAUACUGCUGUGGAAAAAAGUACGAGUUCUCCUCGCAGACUUUGUGCUGCUAUGGGAAGCAGCUAUGUACAAUUCCUCCGGAUGCCGCCUAUUACAGCUAUCAGAACAGGUAUAAUUUCUGUCAGAAAUGUUUCCGAAAUAUACGAGGAGAGAAUGUUUCCCUGGGUGAAGACCCAUCUCAGCCUCAGGCAAUAAUUUCAAAGGAUCUAUUUGAAAAGAAAAAGAACGAUAGGCAAGAUCCGGAACCUUUUGUUGAUUGUAAGGAAUGUGGACGGAAGAUGCAUCAGAUCUGUGUGCUUCAUCACGAUAUCAUUUGGCCUUCAGGCUUUGUGUGUGACAACUGCUUAAAGAAAACUGGCACAAUGCGAGAAGAAAACCAAUUCAGUGCUAAGAGGCUGCAGACUACCCGGUUGGGGAGUCACUUAGAAGAACGAGUCAACAAGUUUUUGCGGCAACAGAAUCACCCGGACGUUGGGGAGGUCUUUGUCCGGGUGGUGGCUACCUCGAACAAGAGGGUGGAGGUUAAACCCGGCAUGAAGUCUCGAUUUGUGGAUUCUGGGGAGAUGUCUGAAUCUUUCCCAUACCGGACCAAAGCACUGUUUGCCUUCGAGGAGAUUGAUGGGGUAGAUGUCUGCUUCUUCGCAAUGUAUGUGCAGGAGUAUGGCUCCGACUGCCCACCCCCCAACACCAGGCGAGUGUACAUAUCUUAUCUGGACAGUGUCCAUUAUUUCCAACCACGCUGCCUCCGAACAGCUGUGUAUCACGAACUAUUGAUGGGCUACCUGGAAUAUGCAAAAAAUUUAGGGUAUGUGACUGGCCACAUUUGGUCGUGCCCCCCCCAGAAGGGCGACGACUACAUCUUCCACUGUCACCCGCCUGAUCAGAAGAUCCCCAAGCCAAAACGGCUACAGGAAUGGUACAAGAAGAUGCUGGAUAAGGCAGUCGCGGAUCACAUUAUCCACGACUACAAGGACAUUUUCAAACAAGCAACUGAGGACGGGCUGACAAGUGCCAAGGAGCUUCCUUAUUUUUCAGGAGACUUCUGGCCCAAAGUGCUGGAAGAGAGCAUCAAGGAGCUGGAGCAGGAGGACGACAAAAGAAAGAAGGAAAAGAGUACUGAGGCUAGUGAGCCCACAGAGGGCAGCCAGGAAAACAGCAAGAAUGCCGAGAAAAAGAAAAGGAGGAAGAGAAAGAAAACCAAGAGCAGCAUUAGCCGUGCCAACAAGAAGUCCAGAAUGCUCUGUGAUACAAAAAACUUGUCCCAGAAACUAUAUCCUAUUAUGGAGAAACAGAAAGAGAAUUUUUUUGUGAUCCACUUGCAUGCGGGGCCUGUCAUCAACACUCUGCCCCCCAUCGUUGACCCUGACCCCCUGCUCAGCUGCGACCUCAUGGAUGGGAGGGAUGCCUUCCUUACUCAGGCAACAAACAAACACUGGGAGUUCUCUUCCCUACGCCGCUCCAAGUGGUCCACACUGUGCAUGUUGGUGGAGUUACACACACAGGGCCAGGACCACGUCAUCUACAGCUGCAACGAGUGCAAGCACCAAGUGGAGACAUGCUCGCAAUGCACCGUGUGUGAGGACUACAAGCUUUGCUACAAUUGUUAUAACACCAAGAGCCACACGCAUAAGAUAGCCAAGUGUGGGCUGGGCCCAGAUGAUGAAGUUAGCAACCAGGGCGUUCCUCAGUCCAAGAGCCCAGAAGAUUCUCGGAGCCAGAAUAUCCAGCAUGGCAUCCAGUUACUGGUGCACGCCUGCCAGUGCCUCAAAACCACCUGCUCACUGCUGUCCUGCCAGAAAAUGAAGCACCUUCUACAGCAUGCCAAGGGCUGCAAUCCCAAGACCAACAGAGGCUGCCCGGUGUGCAAGCAGUUCAGUGUGCUCUGCUGCUGCCAUGCCAAACACUGUAAAGUGAACAAAUGCCCUGUGCCCAUCUGCUUAAAUAUCAAACACAAGCUCCACCAGCAGCAGACCCUGCACCACAUGCAGCAGGCCCAGCUCAUGCAUUGGCAGAAGUCCACCAUGAACACCAGCAGCAUGCCUCAGCAAAGUCUGCCUUCCUCUACCUCAGCAACACCCGGCACCACCACGCAGCAGCCCAGCAUGCCCCAGAUACUCCAGCCUCCUGCUCAACCCCAACCCUCCCCUGUGAGCAUGUCCCCUUCCGGCUUGCCCAGCAUUGCCCAGACUCAGCCUCCCACAAUUGUGUACGCUGGAAAGCCCACCAACCAGGUGCCCGCCCCUCUGCAGCCUGCCCAGCCCUCACGAGCUGCUGUGGAGGCAGCCCGUCAGAUCGAACACGAGGCCCAGCAGCAGCAGCACCUGUACAAGGUGAACAUCAAGAACGACAUGUCUCCAGGGCACCCGGGCGUGGUGGUCCCUGUGAGCCAGAUGGCAGCUGUGGGCCUGAGCGUGCCAUGCCCCAGCCAGGUCAGCAGGCCCAUCAUGCCCAUCAUGCCCCCUGGCCAGUGGCAGCAGGUCCCCUUCCCCCAACAGCAGCCCAUGUCAGGCAUGCCCAGGCCGGUAAUGGCCAUGCAGGUCUCUGUGACCGGGCCGCCCAUGUCCAGUGUGCCGCCACCCAGGAGCAUCUCUCCGGGUGCCCUCCAGGACUUGCCCUCCAGGUCGCUCAGGUCUCCUCAGCCAAUGGCCAAAUACGUGGCCAGCCACCCCGGCCUGCAGUCCCAGCAUGGCCUCCUACCACAGCCAGGCCUGCACCAAGAGCUUGGCUCGCAGAACCUGAACGUGCAAGCAGGUGGCCCGUGGCCUGUUGUGCCUCCACAGAACCAAGCCAUGGGCAGCCUGAACCCCCAGCGCCAGGCUCUGAACAUCAUGAACCCUGGGCACAACCCUAGCAUGGCAAGUAUGAACCCACAAUACCGAGAGAUGCUGCGGUGCCAGCUGCUCCAGCAGCAGCAGCAGCAGCAGCAACAACAGCAGCCGCCACUACCACCACCGGGCAGCACUGGCAUGGCGAGGGGCAUGGCCGCACAUGGCCAGUUCCAGCAACGUCAAGGAUCUGGAGGCUACUCCAAGGCCAUGCAGCCACAGUGGCUGCAGCAGCACCUCCCCAUGCAGGGUGGUGCCAUGGGGCAGAUGGCUGAUCAGAUGGGACAACUCGGCCAGAUGGGACAGCCUGAGUUGGGUGCCGACAGCACUGCCAGCUUCCAGGAGGCUCUGCAGCAGCAGAUGAAGCAGCAGAUUGGUUCACCUGGCCAGCCCAACCCCAGGAGUCCCCAGCAGCACAUGCUGUCAGGACAGCCCCAGGCUUUGUACCUCCCGGGCCAGCAGAUGGCCACGUCCCUCAGCAGCCAGGUGCAGUCUCCGGCCCUUGUGCUGUCUCCAAGGCACUCCCAACCACCACAUUCCAGCCCAUAACCAUGGAUACAGGCCCAGCCUUCGCCACAGCACAUCUCACCAUAGAAUGGCUCCCCUCACCCAGGACUUGCGGUCACCUUGGCCAGCUCCAUAGACUGGGGACAUUUGAGGAACACCGAACAGAGUGCAAAGCUCCCACAGCUCAACACCCCCAACAGGAGUGUGCUGUGCCACGCUUCUGUCUGUGGGACUGGACGUUUUGUACCGCAGCUCAGGCGUCCAGGUGCAAUCCUCAUCGACAGAACUGCUGCCAGCCAUGCAAGAACAAAUCUCUGUUCAAUAAACAAUACAAAGAAUCCCAACACUUUGUUCCCUGAAAGCUGCCCGGGCUACUGCCAUUCUGUCCUGAAGGCCUGCCUGAGCUGGACAGCAACGAUGGGCUCUGAGGAGGCCCCCAGUUUUGUCACUGUAGACUUUUUAAACAAGUAA